GAUCAUUUCAAGCCUUCGUCAAAACAUCUGCUGGUUCAGAUUUUUUGAUAUCAACUGUAUCUUUUCAUCGUUUCAAGAGUUCCCGAACACUACUUCCUUUGUCCCGACGCUUUUUUUGUUCUGCACGCACCACCAACGGAAAAUGCCCUCCUUCCGAUCCCUGUUCUUGCACCUGCUCGCCCUGUGCAUCAUUUCUUCCACUGUUCCCAAUGUGGUAGCCAGUCCCAUCGCUCUGCAAGGUGGACUGCUUGAAGCAAGAGGCGUGGGUUCAAAUCCUCAGGCUGUCAACGUAGCGCCCGGUCUCUCAGGACAACCGCCGCAAAAGAUUGACAACUCUUCUGAUGCCGGGUCUUCCUCCGACAACGAGUCUUCGCAUGAUCCUGAAGAUGACACAGAGGAACCGCAUCCAGAGUUCAAGAAUGUUCCGAUCAGGCUCUGGCGAACCAAAAAUGAAGACUUUCACCAGUGGGUUGACUCUAAACUCGCUACAUUUAAAGGCGAACACUGGUGGCUCUGCGUCGGCAAGCAGUGUUACCGAGGUGACCCAGAUCCGCAUCAAGAUGACCCAGAUCCGCAUCAAGAGGACAUGUUGGUCGUCAACAUGAUUGUCAUCAGCGACAACAAAGACUUGCAGAAUUUGCAGAACUCUUUUCUAAUCGGCCACAUCAGCUUCCUUGAUCUUGAGCACAGAAAAUGGGCGCUUCGUACUAUCCGUAAAGCAACACCGAUUCAAAGUCUGUCUUUAUGGAUACACAGUUUGAAGCUUCGCUUGCGAAGAUGAGGGAGAUGAAAAACUUUGGGUAGAGGUUUUAUGAUUGACAUAUGCACUCGAGUUAAUCAGUAUGCUUCUUUGAAUCAAUCUACGACCAUAUGGUCCAAUUCUUGUCCAACUACACGAUUAAUCAGCUGAGCUCU